UGAUGCAGAUCGUCCCGCUCUCCGGCGACAAGCCCUUCUUCACCAUUGUCUUGUCUAAGGGCCAUGUAGAGAAGCCUGCCCAGUUGGUUUGUAUAGAGGUAAUUUUAUUGUUCAUUCAUGCAGUUCACUCAACUGAAUGUUGUUGCUUAUUCUUGUGCUCAAGAGAUCCCGAGUCGUCUCCACUCCCACCUGCCGGGCUCGCGCAUCCCAGCAGUGCUCCUGUUCGGCAACCAGUCAUGGGCGGUGACCUACUGUGGUGAACUCAAGUGCAAGAAGCUCGGUCCGGGGUGGGGGGACUUUGUCGUCGCCAACCGUCUGCGCAUCGGGGACGCCUGUGUCUUCGAGCUCAUCACGCCAGCUGCUGGAGGAACUGGGAGUGAGGGUGAUGGGAAGGUGGUGUUCCGGGUGCAGGUGCUGCGCGGGGACUUGCCGGAGGAGAUCACCUCCAGGGGCGCCACCUCUCAGGAUCCCAUUGUCAUCGUGGACAACUAAGAACCGCACUCUGUUUAGCAGUAGCUAGUAGCUAGUAGGAGAUGACAAAUGGCUGCAAGCUAGUAGCUAGUAGGAGAUGAAAAAUGGCUGCAUGUUUGUUGUUUCA